AUGUGCAUUUUUUGGCAAGCCUGCCAAGAGGAGCACACGAAGCAGUACCCAGAUGCUUCUGUCAACUUCUUGGAAUUUUCUAAGAAGUGCUCAGAGAUGUGGAAGACCAUGUCUUCUAACGAGCAAUGUAAACAUGAAGACAUGGCAAAGGUGGACAAAUCCCGACUGGCCCAUCCUAAGAACGUGCCCAUCCUUGCUUCCAAGGCCCAGUUUGUCUGUACCAUCUUCAAGACCUUUCUGUUUGAGCACCGGCCGUCGCCAAGCGCCAAGAGCUCCUGGAGGCUGGUUACCGCAGCGCUUAGUGAAGGGCGGAGCUCAGGCCCGAGACCAGGACGAGGAGGAGGCGGCCGGACCCACCCAGAAGCCCGGCAAGACCGCUCCUGGUCGGAGAAGGCCCCCACUCCGAGGCCACGAGAGCAAAGCGAGGAGGAGGACAAGUGCGGGAAGGAGCCCAGCUCGGCAAAGCUGUUGGGCACAAGCUGA